AUGGCAGCAGAAACGAAUAAUCCCUUGGCGAGAUCUUUAAGCUCUGGACCGAGUGUCUCGUGCGUGAUUCUCACGAUCGCGGGUCUGAAGGUGAACGUCUAUGGAUUGUCCGAGUUGCCAGAGGGCGCGGCCAAAAUAUCGUGUCUAUGGUUACAUCAUCCGAGACUACGAUCUAAAGAUGACAUGACGAAUAUCGCGGACCAAAUUCUGACGGCAUACCAUCAGAAGUCAUCUUCUGAGCGCGGCUUGAUUGCUGUCGCUUUCGACCAGCGAAACCACGGCUCGCGACUUGUAGAUGAAAGGGCAAAUGAUGACUGGCGGAGCGGAAAUCCGACGCAUGCUCAGGACAUGUUUGGAAUCAUUACGGGUACAGUUGUGGACAACAUCAACUUGCUUGAUCUGAUAGAAGGUCACCUUUUCGGCGCUGGUAGCGGUCCCGGCACCACAUCUGAUGGCGGGACGAGGCAUAUCGAUCACAACCUAGUUCUGGGCGUCAGUCUAGGUGGACAUAGCGCAUGGCAGCUAUUGUUCGCGGAGCCUAGAGUCACAGCUGGUGUUAUGGUGAUUGGGUGUCCUGACUAUUCCUACCUUAUGAAAGAUCGCGCACGACUAUCGAAACUGCAAACUUUUAUGGAGAAAGACGGUCAAUCUUUCUUUGGCAGUAAAGACUUCCCGGAUGCAUUAAUAAAAGCGUGCAACAAGUACGACCCGAGGAGUAUCUUGUUCAAUAAUCGAGAUAAGACCAUAUCAACGAAGGAUUCGGCAACAAUACGCCCUGUAUUAGACUCGAGGGUCUCUAAGAAGAGGUUCCAGGUCCUCUCUGGCGGGGCAGACAAGCUCGUCCCGUAUAGAAUCAGCGAGCCAUUCAUGCAAUUCUUUAAGAUUGCCAUUAACAGUUGGUACACUGACGGAGGUAUCUAUGUGGAGGAUAAUGUUUAUCCGGGCGUAGGUCACGAAUUCAAUAUGGAUAUGAAGAAAGACGCCGUGCGAUUCGUUCUCGAUACCGUGGCUCUGGUGGAUAAGAAAGAUGACGCCGCAGCCCCCAAAAUCUAG